ACCAACGUGCCAAGAAGAGCCCAACGCCCGCCACACGCUCCCACCCGGACCUCGGCGCCGCCCGGCCGACCCGAAUGGCGACUCUCUCCGCCCCCUUGCUCCGUUCCCACCACCGUCACCUCCCCGUCACCUCAUCGCCGCGCCGCUGCUCGACCGCCGCCGCCUUCCCGCGCGGCUUCGCUCCCCUCGAACCCCUCUCCUCCCGCCGGCCCUCACGCACCGCCGCCCGCUCUGCCUCAACCUCGGCAGCGGCACCGGAGGCUGCGGAGGCAACGGGACACGCGGCCCAGGCCGAAACGGCCGGGGAGGAGGAGGUGGAGGCGCGGGUCGUGCUGCCCACUAACGAGUCCUCCGAGAACCUGCUGCGCAUCCGCCACACCUGUGCCCAUGUCAUGGCCAUGGCCGUACAGAAGCUGUUCCCCAACUCCAAAGUGACCAUAGGCCCCUGGAUAGACAAUGGCUUCUACUACGACUUCGACAUGGAGCCGCUCACGGAUAAGGACCUCAAGAAGAUCAAGAAGGAGAUGGACCGAAUCAUUCGACGGAACCUCCCAUUGGUGAGGGAGGAGGUGUCCAGGGAAGAGGCUCAGAAGAGGAUCCAAGCGCUUAACGAGCCAUAUAAGCUGGAGAUUUUGGAGAGAAUUAAGGAAGAACCCAUCACAAUUUAUCACAUUGGAGAAGAGUGGUGGGAUCUGUGUGCUGGCCCUCAUGUUGAGUCUACUGGCAAGAUACAGAGAAAGGCUGUUGAGCUCGAGUCUGUUGCUGGUGCUUACUGGAGAGGUGAUGAGAAUAAUCAAAUGCUACAAAGGAUAUAUGGGACUGCAUGGGAGAGUGAAGAUCAAUUGAAGGCUUACAUCCACUUCAAAGAGGAGGCCAAGCGCAGAGACCAUCGGCGACUAGGUCAGGACCUUGAUCUGUUCUCUAUACAGGAAGAUGCUGGCGGGGGUUUAGUAUUCUGGCAUCCAAAAGGUGCUAUUAUCAGACACAUUUUAGAAGAUUCGUGGAAACAAACUCACCUGCAACGUGGUUAUGAUCUAUUGUACACUCCACAUGUUGCGAAGGCUGAUCUCUGGAAGAUUAGUGGACAUAUAGAUUUCUACAAAGAGAACAUGUACAACCAAAUGGAUGUAGAAGAUGAGCCGUAUCAACUUCGGCCCAUGAAUUGCCCUUACCACAUCUUGGUAUACAAGAGAAAGCUACAAUCAUACAGGGAUUUACCCAUCAGAGUGGCAGAGCUUGGAACUGUCUACAGAUAUGAGCUCUCUGGUGCUCUGCAUGGGCUGUUCCGCGUAAGAGGGUUUACACAGGAUGAUGCCCACAUAUUUUGUCUCGAGGACCAGAUAAAAGAUGAAAUUAGAGGAGUUCUUGAUUUAACUGAAGAAAUACUGGGGCAGUUUGGCUUCCGGAAUUAUGAGGUAAACCUUUCAACCAGGCCAGAAAAAUCUGUUGGCAGUGACGACAUAUGGGAAAAGGCAACAAUUGCUCUGAAAGACGCGCUGGAUGAUAAAGGUUGGGGGUACACGAUUGAUGAAGGGGGAGGUGCUUUCUAUGGUCCGAAAAUUGAUUUGAAAAUUGAGGAUGCUCUUGGAAGAAAAUGGCAAUGUUCCACUGUGCAGGUUGACUUCAAUUUGCCUGAACGGUUUGACAUCACUUAUGUUGACUCGCAUACUGAGAAGAAACGACCUAUCAUGAUUCAUAGAGCCAUCCUUGGGUCUUUGGAGCGUUUUUUUGGCAUCCUCAUUGAAAACUAUGCUGGUGAUUUUCCACUUUGGCUUGCUCCAACCCAAGCCCGUAUUCUACCUGUCACAAACAAUGAGUUGCAGUACUGUAACGAGGUGGCUUCGGAGCUGAAAUCAAGAGGUAUCCGCGCCGAGGUAUGCCACGGCGAGCGUCUGCCGAAGUUAAUCAGAAACGCCGAAACACAAAAGGUGCCGCUGAUGGCUGUCGUUGGCCCCAAGGAAGUCGAGGCCAGGACGCUCACCAUCAGGCGGGGACCCGACGACCCGAUUGAUUGGGGCGUCACUCGCUGCGGAUGGGACGGCGUCGUGGGGAUCUAUGAUUGGAGCGUGAUGGACGGACCGAAUUUUACCGGGCAAGUCGACAACACCUGGGACAAAAACCUGCAGAUUGGGGCACACUGGGAUAGACUUGUCAUCUUCCUGGGUGGAAGAAAGACGGAGAGACGUAGAUCACCUCCGGAGGAGGCCAAGGAGUGCGCGGCGGUCGCGGAGCACGGCAGCGGCAACGGCAACGGCGGGGGUGACGCCGCGCCGCAUUGCGGCAAGGGCGUGGAGGAGGAGGACGAGGAGGACGGCGAGAAGGUCCCCGAGCACAUCGACCUCGGCCCCAUCCUCAGCAUCAAGGACCAGCUGGAGAAGGACAAGGACGACGAGAGCCUGCGGAGGUGGAAGGAGCAGCUCCUCGGCAGCGUGGACUUGAACUCCGUCGGAGAGACGCUGGAGCCGGACGUGAAGAUCAUGAGCCUGUCCAUCCAGUCCCCGGGGCGGCCGGACAUCUUCCUGCCGCUGCCGGCGGAGCCGAGCGGCAAGGGGGUGUGGUUCACCCUCAAGGAAGGCUCCCCGUACAAGCUCAAGUUCACCUUCUCCGUCAGCAACAACAUCGUCUCCGGCCUCCGCUACACCAACACCGUCUGGAAGACCGGCAUCAAAGUGGACAGCGCCAAGGAGAUGCUGGGCACAUUCAGCCCGCAGCCGGAGCCGUACGCGUACGUGACGCCGGAGGAGACCACGCCGUCCGGGAUGUUUGCCCGGGGAUCCUACUCUGCCAAGACCAAGUUCCUGGACGACGACCGGAAGUGCUACCUGCAGAUCAACUACACCUUCGACAUACGCAGGGAGUGGCCGUCGUCAGGCUGAGCCCGAUUUGUCCGGUGGCUGCCGAAGUGCCUGCCUGCCUGCCUGGGUUACUGCUGUUACCGUUGCCGUUGAAGCAGAUCGGUCUUUGUUUCGUUUGCAGUUUUACUAUUCCUGCCUGUUUUUCGUGGUUGCCGUUGCCUUAGGGCUCUUGUCUCCUGUGGUGCGUGCGUGCGUGCGUGCGUGCGUGUAAAUUGGUUCGGUUGUUUAUGUGUAAAAUGUCAGUGCGUCCGUCUGUGUGUGAGAGAGCGCUUUGCCAAUUGUCAGGGUCUGUUUUAAGGAACGAACUGUAAUAUUGACUUCAUGUAAUGCACCAGAGCGACGCAGCUGCACGCACUUCGUGUAAUGCUCGAGAAAGAAAGAAUAUUUGCCACUCA